AAUUGCGGGUACUUUCUGGCGGCUAUCCGGGACGAUUUCAACUUGCCUUGUUGAAAACGAAAACGAAAACGCCAUAUAUUCUCAUAAAACUUGAAGAAGAAAAAAAGAAAAAAUUAUUUCCUGAAGAAGAGACUGAUAGAGGAAGAAGAAAGUUCUAGAAAGAAAAUGGUUCUAUGGGAGAUCACAUUAGGAACGGCGUAUUUUUUGGGUCUGAAGCGAACUUACAAGCUGUUCUUGAGGAUUCAGCGUAAGCUUAUUAGUCCAAAGUAUCCCAGGCUUCGCGAUUUCGCUCAAAGGCGAACACGAGCUGCAUUUGACAUGGCACUGACCGUUCAUCGCAAGGUACAGGAAAGAGAUAUUGAAGCUGGUCGGAACCUUGGUAAUUGGAUCCUUCGAUGGCUUGACAAAAUGAAGCCAUCUGCUAAUAUUCGAGGCUCAGAUAACAAUGCAAUUACCAGUGCAACUAAGCAGCUUAGGAACUCAUCUCACUCUGCCAAGCCCGAAGCUUUCCAGAAAUAUGGUGCUGGCAAGGACAAGGAAUCCAGCAGCAGGCAUCUAUUUACCUCAGCUAGAAACACAUGGCAGAAAGCGUACCCAACCAUUUCCAUGAUGAUGAAACCAAGAAGCCCAGCUGGAACAAAUAUCCAAUACAGGCAGUUCAACACUGUUUUGCCUACUAGUUUCAAACCCAUGAAUCACGUGAAACAUGGUUUUGAGGGAGUGAUCCGACCGGACAUAUUGCAGUGGAUUCAACGAAGCUAAUCCAUUAACUACUUUGUUGCUGCUUUUUGGCUUUUUCACUAGUGGACCUGAACGUCUGGAGAAGAUGCAUAUCCGGCACAAAUAAAAGCUAACUAGAUCAGUGCCGUCAUGGAAAAGAAUGGUUUCGAAUUUUAGUCUGUGUUUUCUGUUUUCUUUUGGCUGAACCUAGUACAUUUCAGUCAAUAUUGUACAUUCGUUUCAGAUUCUGCCCUGUGUGUGCCUCAACCAACCUUGAUUGUUGUGUUGUUUCUACUCUGUUGUAGCCUCUAAUGCAAUAACAAAUAGUAUCUAAGUUA